GUACAGCAGUGAAGUUGCAUGUGAGUGCAACACCCGUCGUUUUCAAACCCGAGUCCUUCUACAGCGCUUUCAUGUCAGCGCCGUCUCCUCGGGUCAUUGAGCCUACUGAACCAGAUUCGGAUCAUAGUAAGACAUCAUGGAGAAAUAUCAAUCCGAAGAAUCUCUGGUCAGAUGACCCAAGUCAUCCGGUGAAGGUCGCCCUUCGUACAUAUUCUCUCAGCCUAUCUCUCUCUCUUGGUCCUGCACUACUUCCAGUUGCUCUUACCCUCGUCAAUCGUUCAUCCAGUCUGGAAACUCGUUUGGGUUCAUUCAGGCGCGUGUUGAGGCGCGAAGUGGGCCUUACAGGAUUUCCGUUCGCCAUCACAGUAGCCAUUUGUGGUGGAAUUGCAUUGAGGCACCUCUUGGAAGCGAUACGUGUCCACAAUGUCGAUAAACAAGACGAUCCAGAAGUUCGACAACAGCCAGUGAUGGCUUCCACAUUCCAACGACGCGCAACAGCCCUAUCGCUUGCAGCUCAGGCAUGCUCAGGCAUGUCCAACUCAACGCCCUCUCAGAAAGCGUUCCUGUCAAAUAUCUUGUCCUCGACAAUCGCGCUGUUCUUGCUCCAAAGGACUCGACUAUCCAAAGCAGGGUCGCGUCAACCAUUCUCAACCGUUGGAUUAACGCUCCUCUUUUUCUGUCGUGCAACCGACGCAAUCAUGCAGCAUUUCUUAUUCGUGCCAUCAGCCCGGAGAGCUGACCUAUUCAACAUUUCUGCAAAUCGAUCGAAGCCAGUUGGACCAUCUACUGAUUUACUACUGCCUGCUGAAGGCGAUGGGAAAACCAAGAAAUAUCAUCGAAGUAUAGCUGUAUGGCUGGAUGCCGUUGUAUUUUGGGCCUGCAGUGCUAGAAUCAUGUGGUGUUUCUUCUACCAGCCACAUAGACUUCCCCCUUCUUACGUGAAAUGGAUAUCAUCCCUAGCCAACCUAGACAAACGGCUGUUGGACGCCUUGCGUGUUAUGCGUUCUAAAGAAUGGGUCUAUGGGCACAGUUCCUCCCAUUCUCACCUCUUGAUGUCUUAUGCCAAGGACCGCGGAUACCCUUCAUCUUGGGGCAAUCCACAUGUCUUGCCUGCAUGUGGUACAGGUGCAGAUAUGGUCUGGAAGGCGCUUGGCGUGCCUGGCCGGGGUGGUGUGGGCGGAUUGCCCUGCGAGCUCCUGCAUUCCCGUGUUACAACGCGGUGGGGUCUCGACAACAGCUGUUUAGCAAAUGUUGGCGUGAGAUUUUCCUUGGCGUUCAUUGAGGCUAUGGCUCUAUACCUGCCUGUUCACUUUCUCCCUCUCCUUUUUACUCGCCCUAGCUCCAUCUUCCAGCGUCAUCGCGCCAUUCCCGCUCUCCUGGCUGCGAUCCGCAGUGCGACAUUCCUCUCCACUUUCCUGUCGUCAUAUUUCUUCGCUGCCUGUCUCACACGUACCUUAGUGCUGGCAAAGCUGUUUCCAUGGAUCCCUCAUGACGUGUGGGAUGGGCCAUACGGUAGUAUUCUCGUGGGAUCACUAACGUGCGGUUGGAGUAUACUCAUUGAAAACACGCGGAGAAGGGGAGAGAUGGCGUUAUAUGUGUUGCCCAGAGCCGUUAAAGCAUUUUUACCGGCCAAGUGGACUGCAGGUAAUCAUGCUGGUGCGAGGCUAGCUGAGCGGUUAGUAUUCUUAAAGAGCAUUUUCCUUGUGAUGCUGAUGGAAUGCAACAGAAUCGUAUUUGUUCUGUCGCUGGCUUCACUGCUCACUCUUGCAGUCCAUGAACCAGAAUCUCUGAGAGGUCUGUCGCGAUGGACCCUAGCUUUUGUCAUGAAAGGGUCAAAUGCUGAGUUCUGGAAGAAACGUAAAGAACAGAUUGAGACUUGUCCUCAGACGCCUAUCUCUCCGUCCUCCAACUCAAUCUCCACGCAAAGCGUCGAUCGUUUGUAAGACGUUCCACAAUACCAACUUAAUCCGCGGCAAUUCGACUCUGGGAC